GAAUACCCGGACAUUACAGAAGCAGCACAGGGAGUACUCGCUAGCUAUUUGCUUAAUCCCGUGAAAGUGGAGUAAAAGGGGUUACAUUACACUUAAUCUACCAGAAAACAAUAUUGAAGUACUGUUGCUAAAACUGCAGUCAUCUUCAUCUGGCCAAAGACAACAAAAAGGAGACCCAGAAACGCAAGUGACAGCUAGCUAAGUUUGCUAAAUAAAGUAAGCAACGAGUUUCGUGGCUACCCCAUUGGCUCGGUAUUAUGAAGACUCUGCCCUUCUUCUGUCGGGGAAAGGUUGUUCGAGGUUUCGGUAGAGGAAGUAAGGAACUGGGGAUCCCAACAGCGAACUUUGCUGACGCGGUGGUGGAGCGCCUUCCGCCGGACAUCAGCACAGGGGUGUACUUCGGCUGGGCGAGUGUGGGGGGCGGAGACGUGCACAAGAUGGUUAUGAGCAUCGGCUGGAACCCCUUCUACAAGAACACCAAGAAAUCCAUGGAGGCCCACCUGAUUCAUAGGUUUAAGGAGGAUUUCUAUGGCAAAGUCCUGAAUGUUCUUAUAUUGGGGUACAUCCGCCCGGAAAAGAGCUUCAACUCUUUAGAGUCCCUGGUCACAGCCAUCCACGGUGACAUUGAAGAGGCCAAGCGGAGGCUGGAUUCCCAGGAGUGCAGGAAACUGAGGGAUGAAUUUUUAAUACAAACGACAGACCACAUACUGAACGGGCACUGACCCAAGGAACCUGCCUCUACAGGCCCUCAACUGGACCCUGGUAUCUGGGUAUAUCUGUGGCUAGUUCAACCAAAAUGCGAGCCAGUACCCACUGUAGCAAGCGUAUCACUACCCACCGAACAGCACCCACACAACCGUGAACGCAUCGCGACCAACGGCAGCAUAGAGAUCGCAUGACUAAGACUGAAUCAUGAUGGAAAUUAGUUUGUAUUCUGCCAGAGAUUGUCAUUAUCUCUGCAAGCCUGCUCUUGAACGUUUAGUCUUUAACCUUAGCCUUAGGGCGCUGUAGUGUAGAGGUUUAUGUACAUCUGUCCCGGGAACACAUUCCUGCACCGGUUGAGUAGCGCUGGUGUGCAGUCUGUGUCGCUCAAAACGUGUUCAGUAGAUAAAGUCCAGCUAAUGUAGAUAACGGCGGGGGCGGGGGCGGGGGCGGGCGGGCGCGGUACAGUAGAACCUCAGAUCUGAACACAUGGGGAAUGAAGGUUGUUUCUGGCACUGCGAUUUUCGGAACACUGAAAGUGAUGUUGAAAUGCACCGAUUUUUGGAAAUACUGACUUGAGUGCAGUUUAUUUCUGCCCAAACGCUAAUUGUCAUAGGCCAACAGUGGGCUAAACUUGUGGGCCAAAUUGAAACGCAUCUGUACAGCAAAUUUUGUCCUGGUCCUUUUUUUAAGGUCAAAAGCAGUACUGUCCUUGUAGGCUACUUUAGGAACAGCCUUUAAGCUCACUAGCUUGUCUAAUUUAGAUAAUUCUUGUUUUGCAGCCGCCAUUUUCUAUUAGUGUUAUACUUCAGAUUCUAUACCCUGUUCUGUUGACCUUUCAGUGUUCUGGGUCCCUGAGGUUCUGCUGUAACCUGCGUUGAAUGAUAAAUGGAAGCACAGGCCUCCUCUUCCUCAAGUCUGUGUUGACGGUACUGAUUCAGCCGUUUUAACCUGUACUCGCAGAGCUCUUACCUGCCAUUUGAACACAUUUGUUUGAAAUUCUGUUGCUUUGUAUUCCGUACUUCAUUAUCCAAAUACAGGUGUGUGAUGCAGAACUUAAUUUCUUUGAUUGUAUGUGGUACUGUGUAUUUAAACUAUAAUUUGUUGGAUCGUUGUACUGCAAGUAAAUAAUGUCAAGCAAUGGAUAUUAGCCAUUAUAUUUUGUGGCGUAAUUUAAAGGUGUCUGAAAAAUAUUACAUGAUUAAGCUUAGCUUUUUCUAAAUGUUUACCCUAUGUGUGUGAUUUUUUUAAAAAGCUAUAUGAACACUUAUAAAGUUGAAUGGUGUAAUCGAAGUUCGCUUUGUACCAAAGCAUAUCUCUGUGUUUAUGCUGAAGUGACGGUCAUUGUGUGUCUUUCAUCCAUUCUACGGCUCAGACCUGGUUACGAUUCUGGAGAUGUAAUUUCAUGAGCGUUUUCUAAGAAUUGCAUUGGCUGCAAUGGGCAUGAAUGUUCAAAUGUUUUGUUUGAAUAAAGACAUGUUCGGUUAGCGUA